AUGAAAACUGAAGCUCAGAAUUUCCCUUCAACGAACAGUGUCUGAAGUUGUUUGCUAUUUGACGGGACGUAGUAAUGUUUUGCCUCUUCUAAAGCGCUGGUAGUAGAUGUUAGUUUCAAAGCUAGCUGUCUUAGCCUCUCGUUAAGAUUAGGGAAACUAGCAUCCGAAUUUCCGCCUUCCCAGUUUUGGCGUAAAAAUGCCUAACGCCUCCGAAACGACCCUGCCGCCUGAGUGGGACGACGAUGAGCGAAUGAACUUUCUGUUCUCCGAGUUCAAGGAGAACCGAGACGUGAACACCACGGACUGGGACAGUAAGAUGGACUUCUGGACGGCUCUGAUCACGAAGAGCUGCAGGGAGUGCGGCUCCGUGCUGGUCAACCUGCAGGACCUCAACAAGACCUUCCGGAGGAAAGAGAAGUCCCCGCUGGGCUUGUCCACUGUCCUCCAGUCCAUGGCCAGAUGUGGGCAGAUCCAGAGGGAGUCCGAGUUUGCUGCCAGUGUGGACUGUGGGUGGGUGUCCUGGAGUGUGGGCAUGCUGCUGGUGAAACCACUCAAGUGGACCUUCUCCACGCUGCUGGGGAGCAGCCGGGUUCCUCUGGAAGAGUGCUUUGUUGUUCUUGACCUAGUAAAGGAGAAGGCAGCAGAGUUACUCAAGGUUUACCAGAGCAGUGAAUUUUCAAGCUGCUCUGUCGUGUCAUUUCAAGAGCUCUGUUCUCUGUCGUCGGACAUCUGCGCUGACGAGAGCACCCUCUGCAUGGCUCUCCUGCAGCUGCAGAAGGACAAGCAGGUCGUCGUUUCCUUACACGAAGGAGACAAGAUUGUUAAAUUCUGUCAGCCGGGGCAGGAGCGAGUGUCCCCCCUGAGCGAUGUGGAUAUCGGCGUCUACCAGCUGCAGCGCAGUGAGAAGCUGCUAGGAGAGCGGGUGCAGAAACUGAGCCUGGAGGCUGACGGGUGCACAGAGGACGCACGGAAUCUGCUGCGGGAAGGGAAGAAGUCUCAGGCGCUGAGGUGUUUGAGAGGCCGCAAGAGGGUAGAGAAAAGAGCAGACAACCUGUUUGCCCAGUUGGAGACAAUCAGAGGAAUUCUGGACCGAAUAGCUCAGUCCCAGACUGAUAAGAUGGUCAUGCAGGCGUAUCAGGCCGGAGUGUCUGCCCUGAGGCUCUCUCUCAAAGACAUGAGCGUGGAGCGAGCCGAGACGCUCGUGGAUCAAAUACAGGAAUUAUGUGACACGCAGGAUGAGGUGAAUCGGACCAUUUCCAGUGGCGUGAUCACUGCAGAUGAAAACGUGGAUGAGUUGGAGGAGGAACUGAAGGCUUUGUUGGAUGAGUCGAAGCCGGGUUCCAUUUCAGACCUACCCGCAGUCCCAACGAACGGUCUGGGACCCUCCAGGGAGUCGAUCCUCAGCUCGCUGCCUGACGUUCCUCGCAGCCACUUGGGUGUUUCCACUGACGAGCUGGAGGAAGAACUGAAUCGAUUAACGGUGUCAGGCACAGGCUUUCAGCAGAAGAAAGUCACGUCAGCAGGCAGGAGGUUGGAGCCGACGCAGUGACGGUACAGAGACGACCCUCCGGAAUAUCUCCAUCAUCGUAUCCAGGAAGCUGUGUCUCUUCCAGUCGAUACGCAUUCAUCCAAGUAAAAACAUUGCUCCUAUUAAUAAUUGGAAAAGAGAAAUCAGGUUAUAAACAAUGCACUUUAUCCCCUUUUUAAUAAAGAAAAGUUCUUUGAUGCGGAGAGACAUGCCAAUUUGGA